AUUACAAUCAGACAUACGUGCACAUCUAUCGUAAGAUUAAGCGUCCCUAAUAUUAAUCCAUUAUGCAUCACCAAAUACACUAGAUCUACGUGUAUUUGUUUAGGUUUGAUAAUGAUUGCAGCAUCGUUUAUGGAAGAUAUGCGCAAA